CUCUCUCUUCUCUCUUCUCUCUUCUUCGUGGGGGAUAUAGAACAUGCGAUUCAUCGAUGAAACGAUUGAAUUUUCCGAUUAAAUCUCGAUGGUUGAUGGUCAUCCGGAGGCUAAUUGGAGUCUAAAUCGGCGUAGCCCUAAUAUUAGGGUUUGUCACUUUGGUUCUCAAGAGAAACGACGGCGAAGGUUUCACAGUGGUGGGACAACGACGACGGAGGAUUGGUGGGAUAACGGCGGAGGUCCGGCGAGGUCCACCGGCUAACAAAUCGGAGAGAUAUGGUUCGUCUUCUGAUCUAUGAUUUGUCGGGUAAGGACAAAGAAUGGACACCCGAGGAGCUGGACCAAAUAGCCGAGACAGUUGGUUACGGUGCUCUGAAGUUCAGGUUUUGAUAUGAAGGGAGCUGAUAAGUUUGAAGCGAGCUCGAGUAGGAUAGUGUUUGAGGACAGUGAAGAAGACCUCUCGUGUUCAUCUGUGUCUUCUGCAGAUGAGGAGGAAGAAGAAACAGAGAAAGAGUUGACAUUUGAGGAAAUACAUAAGUUGCGAGCUGAUGGGUCUAAGCCAGUUACCAGGAAACCAAAUCAAGUGAAGAAAAUGGGUCGUGCUAACAAAAACAGACCAGUGGAGUUGAAUUCUAAAAAACCUGUAAGUCGUUAUAGAGAAGUGAUUCAUGUUCCAAAGAAGGUAAUUGUGAAACAUUUGCAUCUCUGUUUCUCUUUAUGUGUUCUCUCUCUCCAAGUGUUUGAUCUUGUGGGUGAAACUUGAGACAUUCUUGUUUGUUAAAAGAGUUUCUCCAAGUGUAUGAUGAACUCCUAGUACAUACUUUCGUUUUUUUGGUUCUCGAGUACUAGUGGUGGUUCAGACGUUCAGUGGUUGUAUUGCAAAUUCGUUUGCAUGAAAACCAGUUUACGCAUCCCACAUUUGUCUAGUUUUACGAGAUGAUCAUCAUGAUUUUUGUGGUGCUGAAGAAGAGAAGAGAAGAGAUGGUUGAAGUUGAAGAUAACAAAAUCCGAUGAAGGAAGUCACCUCUCAUGUGGUUCACAUAGCUCCUUUGAAUUAAAGGACACUUGUCUUAUUCAUCCCUUAUAUGUUGUUUCUCUGUUUAGGUAUAAUAUGUUUGAUGAUCUGAAUUUUGUAAAAUUUUAUUUUUUCUAUUUUAUGUAAAAAAAUAAUAUUUAAAUGAUUGAGCAACCUGAA